CACAACUUCAGGAUGGUAUCCUGUCGGUCGAAGAAAUGGCGGAUUGUUUUUACAUGGAGGAGUUGUAAAAAUCUGAGCGCGAGACAUGUGGGUGUUGUGACGAUUCACGAGCAAGUAGCCAAUUAAAGAUUUUCUUUCGCCAUGAGCGACCACUUUUGGGAACCCUUAGCUGACAUGUACAUCGGGGAACAGUCAGAGUUCUCUGACCGUGAUAAUUAUAUUUAUUGUCUUUGCAGCAGAGUAUUUGUUCGAAGCCCAGAAGUUUACACUAGCUUUGUUUUGGAGGAUGCAAGCGAAGGUGAAGAUGUUGAGGGUGAUUGUGUUGGAGAAAUGUUAGACCUUCACAAAAGGUCUACCACAGAAGCACAAUCCAUUGAAAAGCAUGAUGAAGAACCAGUGAGCUGUUACUGCAGUGCAUCACACACAGACAACAAUUAUUCCACAGAUGAACAUGACUCUGUUCGUGACUCAGCACAUCGACCUGCUACGCAUUCCCUAACACAAAAACUGGGUCUGCACCAAUCCGAUUCAGGUGCAGACCUAUCUGAAUAUCAUGACCAACAUGAAGCCAAAAGUAUACAAAACCUUUUGGCAUCAUAUGGAAAGACUUUCCAAACUACAGAGACUGAACUGGAAGAUGGAUUUGAGAAAGUGAAUGUACUUCCACAAAAUCAAGAAAACAAGCGCUCAGAUUAUGGAUUUGAAACAGUAGACAUUCACUCAUCGGAUCACCAUCUUGCAGAAAAUAUCAAAGUUUUAAGUAUUAAUCCAUCCUGUUGUAAUGAAAAGAAAUUUCAUGUAGACAGUCCACCGUUUAUUUUGGGAGACAAAGAUUCCGAGAUACAAAGCACUUCAAAAAAUGUUACAGCCAAUACUACACAAACUUAUCACGAAGAUGACGCGUAUACGUAUGCUCAUAAUUCGCAAGUUUCCCCAUAUAUUAUGUAUUCUGAAAUUAAAAGUGUAAUGGACAUUGCAUGGGAGAAAUAUUGGUCUUUAAACGGCGAACAGUUAAUUUGGACAUCUUGGAUUGCAAAAUAUGCAGAUUACAUCAACCCAGAAUAUUUUCAACAUAAUGCUCCCUUAUUAGGAGACGAGAGAUUGGAAGUAAAGGAAAGUAUAGAGAAAUUCUCGGAACAAAAUACAUGUUUUCCCAGUCAAGCGCACAGAAAUUGUGAACUUGGUCGCUCAAAUUUUGAAGGAAUAUUUAGUAAAAGUAAUAAUAUAAACGAUAACGAAAUGAAAACGAAAGAUAGUUAUAGCGUUAAUUUUUCAUUCGACGAUAUGAACAAGCAAGAAAUCAAUGACAAAGAUGCAGAGGAAAAUAGGAGGAAGAUAACACAUCUUGAAGCUUCUCCUGAAACUGGAGAUGGAUGGAAUCAACUGAGUCCUUUUAGCCUAGAAGAAAGCUACAACCAACAUUCUAAUGCAGAAGAUGAAAGACUUUUAACAAGAUGUGAUUCCAUGAAUGAAUCGAUAGCCAAAACAUACGCAACGUCCGAUUCCAUGACAAAUGUUACAAAAAUGACUCUUACUAGUUCCAGUUGUGACUCCAUUUCUAUGCAUUCAUCUAGUCUCAUCAGUUCUGUAACUAGUUCCAUUGAAAGCAAUAUAACAAGCACUAGUUCUGAUCAAGACAAUGAAUACACAACAGAAGAUAAUGAUAGGUAUUGGCAGCAUUUAUGGAAGGAAAAUUUCCAAUUACAGUACCAAAAGCACUAUGAAUUGUUUGUAGAUACUUACAAAAGGGGACGGCCUGCGGUCGACGUUAUAAGUUGCGAAAAACGUAAUAACCAAGAAAAAAAUGGUGAAAGUAUAGACCAAGAUUUUGCACAAAGAGAAACAGAUACAUUUAAUCAAUUUAAUAUUUCCGAAAAUAAAAACUCAUCGAACAAGAAUUCUUUCUUUAAGAGGGAAAAGACUAGAAAGAAACGAUUAAUUAUGGAUUCGGUUGGAAUGCUUAUACACAACUUAACAAUGACAGAAGACAAUGUAUCUAAGGAAGACAACGGAAAAGCUAACGAAAAUGAACAUUCAACGGAGACUAAACACAACGAUCAAACUUCGGUUAUACGAAAUGAAAAUAGUGCAAUUAAUUCUAGUAACAGUAAUAACAAUUAUAGUAUUCAACGAAAAUAUUCUAGUGGGGGAGAUGGUGAUAAGCCCAAUGAAGAUAAACCUGUAACAUUGAAACGAAGCCAUGAGGCAGACUGUGAUGAAACAGGAGAGGGCCUGGAAAUAGUGGAAAAAGCAUUUUUGUUAAUGGGGUACACUUUCAAUAAAGACCACAAGAAAUCAAAAUUGCAAGGAGAAGUAGUAUACAGGAAAAGAAACAUUAGAUUACAAAAUAGACAAUUAAAAAUGAAAUUCUGCAGACCCAAACCAUCAAACAAACAUAUCUACUUCGAUGAUAAUGGAGUGGAAAUUACUAACACUAUAGACAAGGUAAAACAUUAUCUGUCGUAUUGUCCAGCUGUAUCCUCAACAGAAACAGAUUUGCAACCCUCUGAAAAAGGUUCCUACAAUGCACAAUUUACAUCAAGUUCUGAUGAAGAGUGCGAUCCUAGUCUUAAGACAAAACUGCAAACGAAACGACUCGUAUUUAGUAAACCAAGCACAAGUUCAGUAGAAUCGGGUGCAGAUAAAAGGCAAAUUGAUGAUGCAAGUGAUUCAUGGAAUAUUUCGGAUAAACAAGACGAUGUUUUUAAAAGUAUUGAAGACACCAAUAUACACUUUGACCAAGAUGAUAGCAAUUCCACAAAAUGUGUAUCGGAAAAUCUUCCUAUAAAAGAUGAGAAAGUUGAUGCUACAAUUACCGAUAUGGAUGUAGAUGAAAAAUAUGAUCACGAGAUACAAAAUACGAAGUUGUCUGACGAGGAUAGUGUAAAAAAGAUACAAAAGAAAAAACGGAGGAAGCAAUCUAAAAGAAAUAUAAACCUCCCGGUAGAAAUUGACAGUGACAAGACGUUGCUUAAGUAUUGGUUUAAGAGGUAUCGAUUAUUCAGCAAGUUUGAUGAAGGCAUUAAACUGGAUCGUGAGAGCUGGUUUUCCGUAACACCAGAAAAGAUUGCCGAGCACAUAGCACAAAGAUGCAAAUGCGAUGUCAUAAUCGAUGCAUUCUGUGGUGCAGGAGGAAACGCUAUUCAAUUUGCUUUUACGUGUGAAAGAGUACUGGCGAUAGAUAUAGAUCCGGCUAAAAUCGAGCUUGCUCGAAACAACGCACGGGUUUAUGGCGUUGAGGACAGAAUAGAAUUCGUUGUUGGAGAUUUUAUUCAACUCGCGCCAAAGUUAAGUGCAGACGUUGUAUUUCUAAGUCCUCCAUGGGGAGGACCUGACUAUGCCAAGGAUGAAAUUUUUGAUCUCAGUAAAAUUAUGGAACCCAUUGGCGGAACGAAUAUAUUUAAAAUAGCAAAGGGGAUCACAAAUCACGUGGCCUACUUUCUACCUAGAAAUAUAGAUACUAUUCAGCUUGCCAUGUUAGCCGAAGUAGGUUAUGGUCUAGAAGUGGAGCUAAACUUCCUUGACAAAAGGUUAAUAGCUUUAACGGCUUAUUAUGGUGAACUGCCCAGGGACUGUUAGUUGUGAUAUGUGUAAUUUAAGAGAAAACCCACAUCAGCUGCUUGAACAAAAGGAGCUCCUCACAUUUCUUUAAUCACUAGCUGUAAAUAAUGACUCGUAUCAAUUUGCUUAGGCUACUCAGAGAGAAGCAGUAUAUUUCAUUUAAAACACCUCCUUACAAAAUGCAUAUAAAAAGACAUCCGUUGUAUACUAUAAUUUACUGAUACAUCUUUUAAUCAUUCUACUAAAAUUUUUAAGAAUAAUAUGUUUACAACAUCGCCAAUUACCAUUGUCACAAAUUUUGCAUUUAAGCAAAUUGAUAUAGAAAUCUCAAUUUGUGAGAACGUAUUUGUGAAGUUCAACAGGUAAUAUAUGAACACUUGAAAAUUUUAAAUUCCUUCUUCCAUAGUAAUAAGUGUCAUUUUAACCUGACGACUAAUUCAGUCAAGAAAUACUACAGCAUUUCUCUUUAGUCAAUCAUGUAAAAUAUUAUUUUAAUCUUAUUAUGAAUCAUAUGAGAUGCCGUAAUCUACAUUUUACAACGGUUUCCACACUAUUACUUUACAAUUUUUAUGUACACUUCUACUAAUUUACUAUUAAUUAUCAAUAAAUACAUUCAAAAUAUUAAAGAUGUUUUAGUAUAUAACGAAUUACUUUCAACAUUUUUAUAAAUUUCGAGACCAAAACACCUCAAAUAAAUGUUAAUCUCUCCAGUUGUAAAAUGUUACCUGAAAACAAAAUACAACUUCCUUUAAAUUAACGUGAUCGUAAAAUUAUUGUUUCGAUUAUGUAGUUAAACAUUUUUAAUACAUUUUCGUUGUUCUAAAAUAACAUACAAAAUUACUCCCUUUUGCUUCAAAUACAACAUUUGAAUUAUU